AAUAUAGGCGUACAAUAGUUUCUAUGGCCAUGUUUUGUAUAAAUGUAUAUUUGCCUUUUGCUGCCUGGGUAUUUUUGUGGGCUAAGGUUGUAGGCCCUUGUGUUCAGAUUACACUUGUUGUGUGAAAAAGCCGUACCGGAAGCUCUGUGCUGGAGAGAGAGAGAGGAACACAUUGAGGUUCUAGAAAUCUUCAGGAGGGGAUGUGUAAAUAAACACACCAGAUGAGAUAACAGUAAACAACUAACAGAUUUCAGAUAAUAGUACAUUUAACCAACUAUAGAUUAACGUUAGACAAUAACAGCAGAACUGUUGUAUGCCAGGCAAUGAAAACUAAAGUUACACUGAAAAGAAAAAGGAUCCUGGACUUGAGAACUCACCGGACUGAGAGUAGCCAUUAAAAUCUGUAGGCUAAAUAUGAAUCCUGUUGAUCGUGGUUCGUCCGUGGCUGGGCUUGUCUCUCUCGCCGAUUCUCCCUCACGUUAAGCGGCUGGAAAAAUGAGCGCCGCCGGGCUCUCUGGAGCAGGGCUUUCCCAAAGACCUUGAUAUGAACUCUCUGAUGCUCCGCUGGCUCUGCCUGCUUAGCCUGAGCCUUUCUCUGUUGUUUUGGUUUGGAUAUGUGAUGAGACGGGUCGGUCCAGCCACUGCUGUGCAAAGCACCGGGCUCAGGGGCUACAUGAAGAUCACCCCCGGCAGGAUGGACCAGGUCCUGAACAUGCACUGCAGCCAGUGUGCCUUAGUCUCCAGCUCAGGUCAGAUGCUUGGAGCUGGCGUUGGAGAAGAGAUAGACAAGACCGAGUGCGUGAUCCGGAUGAACAAUGCACCCACGCUGGGGUAUGAGAAAGAUGUAGGGAACCGCACCAGUGUUCGGGUUGUGUCUCACACCAGUGUUCCCCUGUUGGUGAAAAACGAGCUCUACUAUUUCCAGCAGUCAGCCGAAACUACGUAUGUGUUCUGGGGUCCUGAGAGGAACAUGAGGCAAGAUGGGAAAGGACGCAUCUUCAAUACUCUGCUGAAAAUAGCAAGGAAGUACCCUAACGUCAGAAUCUACGCUGUGACUAGAGAGAAGAUCCAGUACUGUGACAAGGUUUUUCAGAAUGAAACUGGAAAAAACAGAAUGAAGACGGGGGCGUUUCUCAGUACUGGUUUCUUCACAAUGAUUUUGGCAAUAGACAUGUGUGACAGCAUUCAUGUUUAUGGAAUGAUCGAUGAUAACUACUGCAGCCGACCCAAUCACAAUGUUGUUCCUUACCAUUACUAUGAGGGGAACCGAAUUGAUGAGUGCAGGAUGUACAGGGUCCACGAGCACACGAAGCGUGGGGGCCAUCGCUUCAUCACUGAGAAGGCCAUCUAUGCCAGAUGGGCCACACAGCACAGGAUGGACUUUAAACACCCGUCUUGGAGCUUCUAAAGAAGGAAAUAUUAAACUGCUGUACAGCGGGAGUCACUUUUAUGACUGGUUGGCUUUUGAUCCUUUUGCUGAAGAUUUGAGUGUUGCCUGACCAGGAAAUGUAUCAAGUGGAAACCAGCUUUCAUUUGACUUUUCUAUUUUUAUUUUUUUUUUACCAACUCAACAGUUUUCAAGUAGAAAAGGCUCCCAUUUGAUACCAGCCCACAGUGGAUGAAAUUAUCUACAACCAUAAAUAUAAAAUCAGUUUUGUAUCUAUGCUUAAUAUAGCCAAGUUUACCAGCAUUUAACUGGUAACAGGUGGUGAAGGACCACCCUCAAAUAUAACUGAAUACAUCUGUUAUGUAUAGCCACAUGUCAGUAUAGAUGCUAAUUAAGAAUAGUAAGCCACCAAACGGAAGCUUUUUUAAUGUAGUUAUACAUGUGCCUUGACUUUCAGUCUUAUUCUGCACACUGUUUUAUUUUAGGGUGCAGUCUGGCCUGCAGCUACUGUAUGCACCUUUACUCUUUGAAAUAAGAAGUAUAUUGUGUGUAUGUGUGUAUAUAUAUAUAUGAAAAUAGUUUACAAAAAUGUACAUCAGUUUUCAAGUUUUCAGUCAGUUCAAGUUCACUGAUCUCAAUUACUUUGUUCAACCAUUUUCAGCAGUUAAUGGUCAUACUGCAGACAACAACAAAUGAAUUCAACUUCAUUCAACUUCAGGCUAAUACUUUAUUCUUUAUAAACUACUUAUUGUUAUUUUUGAAAAGUUGAAUAUUACUUACCCUGACUGCAACCAGUUACAGUGUUUAAAGGCUUGAAGUAGUAACUGUAGUAGUAAGCACUUCAUUGAACCAAAAUGGUCUAUGUGAGAGUGCCAUUUAACCCAAAGAGUGAUUAUGCAGUUUACAGUCGUGCUACAUCAGUGGUUAAACAGGGGUGAUGGAGAACGGUUACAUGUAUCUAUGAUGUCAUGUGUAUACCAACCACAGAGCAGACAGUAUUAAAAUGUAACUGCAGAUCUACUGUCCUUGUACUUGUAGUUUACAGCAGUCCUCUGAUAUACAGCUUGCAGGUUUAAUGCAGAUCAGUGGCCAAAAACACAGUAUUAAAUACAGUGAGAAUGAUCUUCGGGGUUAAUGUGUAUUGUUUGUAUUUCACUGGAGGGAUAUGGAGAGCUGCUUCCACUAUGUGGCGCCCUAAACCUGUGAAAGAAAUCAACAGAAAGUUGUGGUCGAAGGCUAAGAAUAGGAUCCUUGGUAUUUUGUUUUAACUUUUAAUGUAAUAAGCCCAAUAUCAUACACAUUAAAGUUGUUACUUGUCUUCAGACAUGUAGUUUAAAAUAGUUUACCCUUUAAAUUUUGCUGCCUGUUUACAAUGAAAAACAUAGCGUUGCCUUUUCAGUUACACAAUGCUUAUUUUGUGACUAAUUCCAAAGACUACUAAUAGUAUUUGCACUACUGAGCAAACUACUGUGUCAAAGUAUUUUACUGGAUAUUUCAGACAUGGAUUGUUUGAAUUAAAACAUAUUAUUCAUGACUUUGGGGUAACCAUAAAUAGUGGACUAUGUGGUGAAAUGUGCAAAGUAAAAUCUUGUAUGUAAACUUGACCAAUUGGUCAACAUGAAUAAAUAUGCUGUCAAAUACA